GAGGUUGCCGACCGCGCCAUGGCCCUCCUCCGCGCGCGGGGCAUCCAGGCAAGAGCGAAUCUGCAGCGGGGGCUCGACCACGGGGCGUUCGUUCCGCUGGCGCUGAUGGGCGGGUUCGGCAACCUGCCAGUGGUCCAGCUGAGCCUGCCGGCCCCCUCGCGCGCAGGGCCAAACGCCCGCUUGUGCCUUGAGAUGGGGCGGGCCCUGGCCCCGCUGCGGCACGAGGCGGGGCUGAGUGGCGGGGCGAGGAGCACGGGCACAGAAGGACUCGUGGCGCCACGGCGGCGGCGGAAGCGUUCGCGGAUGCUCUGCGGCGCGCGUGCGCGGAGGAGGACACGUGCCAGCGCGAGCGCUGUUUGGAGCGCUGGGAGGGGGCCUUAGCAGACCUUCGGGCGGCGCCGAGGGGCGUCACCGCUGCGUGGAGGGGUCGCCGCCCCCGUCCUGGAGAUCGAGGAG